UCUAUAUUCUCAUUAUGACACUCUCCAUACUCAACAGAUUAAAUCAGAAUUUACCAUCUUAAAGUGGUUUUGAUUACUUUUUGCACAGCUUUAAUCAAUAAGUACCUAUCAAAAAAUGAAUCAUAAUAUAAAGCCUGUAUCUGAAAAACUGUAUCUAUACAAAGGUAAAGAUAAAACGAAUGAUAUAUAUGUUGAGUAUGCUCUGCAACAACACCAUAUUGAUGGCAUAAGAUUUUUAUACAAACAGUAUAAAACUAAUAAGCCAGGGGUUAUUUUGAAUAAUCCUCAUGGAUAUGGAAACUCUUUGCAAGUUACUUUGUUUCUGUGUGCAAUAAAACACUUACUUGAUAAACCUAUUCUCAUAUUAUGUGAUGAUGGUGAAGAAUAUAACUGGCUUGAAUUAUUCCAAAGAAUAAAUGAAGAUAACAAUGUUGUAGUAAAUGCAUCUGAACCUUCAGUAAAGAAGUUUAUAUUCAUCAAAAACGUGACUGAACUAAUAGACUUCGCUCAACGCUCCUGGAGUAUUAUUGUAGUGGACAGUGAUGCUCUACUUAAGAUGAAAACUGUGCAAAGCAAGUUAAGUGCAGACUACAAAAUAUGGAUAACUCAUGUUGACAUAAAGGAACACCUUCAAACAUUCACUUUGAUAUACAAGUGGAUUUAUAAAAAUGAAAACUUCAAUGCAGAGGUCUAUAAAGGAAAACCAGGAAAUCCGAAGGAUUAUAUAUCAAAAACAAUUGAACUCUCAUCUUUUCUUAAGGAUAUAGUUUUUAAGACUGCUAAUCUUACUCCGUUUGAGAAUCCCUAUGAGAAUAAAGUCAAAUGCCAACAAAAAGUUUCUGAGAAAAAUAAAGAUGCCACAGGGACCAAGAUUAAACGUUCAAAAAGAAUAAUAGAGGAAACAAACACUGAAAAAAAUAAAAUUGCUGGUGUCAGUGCAGCAAAAAUACCAAAGGUAAGAAAUGGUGAAUUGUCUACAGACAAUGGCGUUGUCAGUGGUUUAGAUAACCAUAAAAGUGAUAAAGAAGAAACUGAUGCUAUGAAAAUUGAUAGUAAACAUUCAGAUUUAGACAUAGAAAAUCCCAUUAAAAAGCACAUGCAAGAAUUUAAUAACUUUCCUAAUGAUAGUCAACACAUUAAAGCAACUAUGGAAUAUGAUACAGACUCUAUAUUAGAUGAAAGAGAUGCACAAACUUUUGUAUACGAUGAUAAUAAUUCAAAAUCAAAUAGUAUGAGUAUAUCGAUUGAUAACAAUAUUCCAAUAAAAAAUAUGUCACAAGACAGCAAUGAAGCUUAUAAUUUAGAAACACAAGAGUUCCUAAAUGACAGUAAUAAAACAACUUUACUAGAAGAUCAAAACAGUAAUAUUGAUGAAGAAAUUAUAGUUAGUAACAUAGCCACAAGUAAACAAAUAUGUAAUAGCAAUGAAAUAAUGGAACAAGUUAUCGAUGUAGACCAAAAUGUAAGCUCGCCGUCUGUUAAAAGAAAAGAUGAUAAUAAAACAAUAGGAAUGUCACAAAAUGAUAAAAUGGAAUCUAAAAAUAAACCACCAAACAUUGAUACUCAAAUUGCAGAGCAUGAAGAUAGGAUAUUCAAAAAAUUCAAAGGCACCUUUUUAGAUAUAUUAUUUUAAACUUUUUACAAUAGUUAAUAUCAAUGAAAAACUGGCGAUAUAAAGAGUCGCAUAACGUUGCAAUAAUACAAAGUAGUGUGUGUCGAUCUGAAUGACCCAUUAUAACUCUUAUAGUUCUGUAAAAUUGUUAUUUGCUACUAUUAAAUGCUAUCAAACUUUAAAAGGUAAACCAUUUUAUCGUUAUCUUUUUUUGUUAUUGGAUAGUUUUGUAUCGAUAUUGGUAGUAUAAAAGUAGCUAAUAAGUAAUAACUUUCUAGAACUAGCUAACUGAUGAACAUAAAAUAUUAGGUUAUUGCAUUAUAUAUAAAGUAUAAAAAGAUUUAUAUUUUAUAAUGCGGGUUGGAUAAUAGAUAUAAUGAAUUCCGAAUAAGAAUAGAAUUAACGAGGUAUUAUUAAUAUUUAUACAAAGAUUUCUAAUUUUUAACAGAAAACAUGAUAUAAGCUUUCUUAUACGUACAAAAACAUGUAGGUAUUACUAUUUAUGCAUCAAUUUUUAUUAAAACACAAAUUUAUUUACCACCAUUACUUACUUACGAAGGAGCGAUUGAAAUUAUUGUUUUAGUAAAAAGGCCACUUGGAACAUAUUUUAAACGUUAAACUGCUGGACAGUAAAUAGUCGAAAGUAUUAUAAUAUCAAUUCCUGAAUUGACACUUGAUAACGGCUUUAAUUCUGCUGAUUUUAGCGUAAUUGUGGCGAUUCAAAGAAGUUUCUAUAAUAAGUCUGACAGUUCUCGUUACCAGAUCACAAGACAACAAGCACAUUUGUCAAAAUUGAUUUAUUAAGAAUUUUG